CCUCGCCGGGAAGCGUCGAAACCCGGGCGGACCGUAUAAAAGGAGCCGGCCAGAGCCGGCCGGAGCCAGAGGCGGUGUUGUGGUUUUGCGGACGGAGAGAGAGAAAGAGAGAAAGAGAGAAAGAAAGAGAGAAAGAUCUCGAAGCACCGACGGCUGAAGAUGGCGCUGACUCUGACCGUGAAGCUUCUGACGGGCGAGGUCCACUCCGUGGUUUGCUCCCCCAGCCAAACCGUCUGGGAUUUCAAAACCCAACUGGGGCGCCAGUCCGGGGUGCCCCCCUAUCAGCAGAAGCUGGCGAGCCCGAACGGCGCCCACUUGGAUCUCCAGGACGCGUCCCCGCUUUCCAACUACGAGCUGCGCACCGGCGACACUCUGCUCCUGAUGGUGAAAAACGAGGAGUCCAUCCAGGUUCUGGUGAGGAACACCAGCAACCGAACCACCUCUUACUACGUCCUGCCUUCCAACACGGUGGCGCAGUUCCGAGCCCAGAUCCGGGCGCAGGAACGGAUCCAAGACGACCAGUUCUGGCUGGUGUACGACAGCCGGACCUUGGAGGAUGGGCGCAAACUGUCCGAUUACAACAUCUGCCCCGGUGGCACCGUUACUCUGAAUCUACGCAUGAGGGGUGGGUGAGGGGGUCGCCGCUGUUGUAACUCUUAGAGGUAACUCUCUGGAUUGAAUUUACUUGCCCCCUCCUCCUACUCUCCCCUCCCUCCCGAUUUCGGUUUUGUUCCUCUUUCCUUGCAUGCUGUACCUUUGAUCAAAAGUAAGCUGGGCAAAAAAAAUUGAUGAGAGAUUAGGGCAAAUGCUAAUAUUGGUUAUAUAACAGAAAAUACAAGAAAAAGAAAAUAAAAACGAGAGAGAAAGAAUAUUAGGGCAAAAAGUGAAACAAAUUGUGUGGGAGAUAACUUAAAGCUGUAUUAAUUUGUGACACGGGCCAAUACUCUGUUCAGAAAAAAAUGUAUUGUUUGUGCAAAAAAAAAACUUUUACAAAAAAACCCCCCUUUUCUCCAUCCUUGUUAUGAAUCCAGAAUUGUGUUAUGUAGUCAACAGCUAGCUCUGCGUUUACUUCCACCCAACUGUGAAAUAAUAAUUUUAACGAAUUAAAAUGAAUAAAUU